AUGGUCACGCUGGGUUUAGUAGUUCUACUUCUCUGGGAAUGCGUUCAUGUGGUAGAGGGGACACAGUCUUCAUCCAUACGUCUGGACAGUCAUCUUAAGUCUGUCAAUGUUGGAGACACGGUGACUCUGCAGUGCUUCUACCAAGUCACUAUGUCAAUCCACCUUUCUUGGUACCGACAAACCCUAGGAGAUAAACCCCAGCUUGUAUCUACCAUGUCGAAGUCUGGACAACAAUCUAGCCUGCACAAUAAGUUUGAGGACAGUCCUCGCUUCUCUGUACAAGCUGGUGAAGGACUAAAUCACCUGAGGAUCUCAAAUGUCCAACCUUCAGAUUCAGCUAUGUACUUCUGUUGUGAAUCCUUCGCAGAUAAGGUGGAAUUUGCUGAUGGUGUCUUCCUUAAUGUAAAAGGUUCCAAUACCAACAAAGUUGUCCAGCAGCCAGUGUCUGAUUCCAUCCAGCCAGGAGACUCUGUAACUCUAAACUGUACAAUACCCACUGAGACCUGUGCAGGAGAACACAGUGUCUAUUGGUUCAGACAUGGCUCAGGAGAAUCCCAUCCAGGAAUCCUUUACACCCAUGGAGGCAGGAGUGUUCAGUGUGAGAAGAGCCCUGAGGCUGGGUCUCCUACACAGAGCUGUGUCUACAACCUCCCCAAGAGGAACCUCAGCCUCUCUGAUGCUGGGACUUACUACUGUGCUGUGGCCUCAUGUGGGGAGAUACUGUUUGGAAAUGGGACCAUGCUGAACAUUGAAGAGAGCAUUCCAGAUUUGCUUCUCCUUGUGUACUUCUUGGGUGCAACAUUGGGAAUCUUGUUCAUGCUGAUCGUCGUGUUGACCUACUUUGUGUUUAAAAUAAGCAGGAAAUACUGUCCUCACUGCAGAGUUUCUAGAUCAGUCUCUCAGACAACACGUUCAAUCUCUCCUGAAUACAGAGAGGGCCAAGAUGCAGAAAACCUCCAUUACGCUGCUCUGAAUCUGAAGAAGAAGAAAACCAAACCCAGAAGAGAGAGAGAGAACGUGGAGAGAGACACAGUGUACUCUGGUGUUAGAGAUUAAAGCUGGGAGAGGAAAGCUGCUCUGAUAAGUUAAUCGAGCCAUAGAUGCACACACAAACCCUCACAUUCAUGGCAUUUUAGUAUGAUGCACUCUAUGCCUCGUUCUGCUCAAACACCAUUCUGAUCUGUGUGA